GCGGGCGCGGGCAUGAGUGCGACGUGGAACGCCCAAGAGGCGGGCCUUGCAUGAGUCGGCAGUGUCGAUGUCAGGAUCGUGGCACGGGGUCAUGGUUGAGACACGCAGGCGGACGCGAGAGCGGUCAGGGUCGAUAUGCUGGCGCGCCCGGUAGCGGCCAGGAGCGUUGUAGGUGCGUUCCUUGCGCGCGGUAUCAUGGUGUCAAUACCUUGGCGCGUUCUGGAGCUGCCCAAAAUUCUCCGAAAGCUGCUGGAGCAUAGGAUUGAGUCCAGACAAGGGGUCUGGAAGGUUUGUUGGGCCAAGCCCAUGUAAAUAAACUCUUAGGGCCUCGUAUAUGGUUCUAAAAGAGAGAAUUCUAGAAUAAUGUAGGAUUAGGCUA